AUGCUGGCUGUGUCGCUCAAGUGGCGGCUGGGCGUGGUGAGGCGGCGUCCCAAAGACGAUGGGCCCUACUCCAAAGGAGGCAAGGACGCAGGGGCCGAUGGGGCCCUGGUGUGCCGCAGGCAGAGCAUCCCAGAGGAGUUCCGAGGGGUCACCAUGGUGGAGCUGAUCAAGAAAGAAGGCAGUACGCUGGGACUGACCAUCUCAGGUGGCACUGACAAGGAUGGAAAGCCCAGGGUCUCCAACCUGAGACCUGGGGGGCUUGCGGCCAGGAGUGAUCUGCUGAAUGUUGGCGACUACAUUCGGUCUGUGAAUGGGAUCCACCUGACCCGGCUCCGCCACGAUGAGAUCAUCACUCUGCUGAAGAAUGUGGGCGAGCGCGUGGUGCUGGAGGUCGAGUAUGAGCUGCCCCCGCCCGCCCCUGAGAACAACCCGAGGAUCAUUUCAAAGACAGUGGAUGUCUCCCUCUACAAGGAGGGCAACAGCUUUGGCUUUGUCCUCAGAGGAGGUGCCCAUGAAGAUGGGCACAAGUCCCGCCCACUUGUCUUGACCUACGUGAGGCCAGGUGGCCCUGCUGACAGGGAGGGCUCCUUGAAGGUGGGCGACAGGCUGCUCAGCGUUGAUGGGAUCCCACUGCACGGGGCCAGCCAUGCCACUGCUCUGGCCACCCUGAGGCAGUGCAGCCACGAGGCACUCUUCCAGGUGGAAUAUGACGUGGCCACCCCCGACACAGUGAUCAAUGCUUCGGGACCCUUGAUAGUGGAAAUAGUCAAGACGCCGGGGUCUGCCCUGGGGAUCUCGCUCACCACCGCCUCCCACCGGAAUAAGCCGCUCAUCACCAUUGACCGCAUCAAGCCAGCCAGUGUGGUGGACAGGAGUGGGGCUCUGCACUCUGGAGACCACAUUCUGUCCAUCAAUGGCACCAGCAUGGAACACUGCUCCCUGCUUGAGGCCACCAAACUUCUGGCCAGCGUGUCGGAGAAAGUGCGACUGGAGAUCCUGCCCAUCCCCCAAAGUCAGCGGCCUCUGAAGCCCUCAGAGGCAGUGAAAGUGCAGAGGAGUGAACAGCCACACCGCUGGGACCCCUGUGUGCCCUCCUGCCACAGCCCCCGGCCCGGCCACUGCAGGACGCCCAGCUGGGCCAUGCCUGCUGGCCAGGACCAAAGCCGAUCCUUGUCUUCAACUCCCUUCUCCUCACCGACCAUGAACCAUGCCUUUUCCUGCACCAACACCAGCACCCUUCCCCGUGGAUCCCAGCCUAUGAGUCCCCGCACUACGAUGGGGAGGAGGAGGCAGCGAAGAAGGGAGCACAAGAGCUCAUUGUCACUGGCUUCCAGCACAGUGGGGCCAGGCGGGCAGAUUGUGCACUCAGAGACCACUGAAGUUGUGCUCUGCGGAGAUCCUCUCAGCGGCUUUGGCCUCCAGCUCCAGGGUGGCAUCUUUGCCACCGAGACCCUGUCCUCCCCACCCCUGGUGCGUUUCAUCGAGCCUGAUAGCCCGGCUGAGAGGUGUGGGCUGCUGCAGGUGGGAGACCGUGUCCUGUCCAUCAAUGGCAUUGCCACUGAAGACGGGACCAUGGAGGAAGCCAACCAGCUACUGCGAGACGCUGCGCUGGCCCAUAAGGUUGUGCUGGAGGUCGAGUUCGACGUGGCGGAGUCCGUGAUCCCAAGCAGCGGCACCUUCCACGUGAAGUUGCCCAAGAGGCGUGGUGUGGAGCUGGGCAUCACCAUCAGCUCAGCCAGCAGGAAGCGAGGGGAGCCCCUCAUCAUCUCUGACAUCAAGAAAGGCAGCGUGGCACACAGGACAGGCACCCUUGAGCCAGGCGACAAGCUGCUGGCCAUUGACAAUAUCCGUCUGGACAACUGUCCCAUGGAGGAUGCGGUGCAGAUCCUGCGGCAGUGUGAGGACCUGGUAAAGCUGAAGAUCCGGAAGGACGAGGACAACUCUGAUGAGCUGGAGACCACAGGUGCUGUCAGUUACACAGUGGAGCUGAAGCGAUACGGAGGUCCCCUGGGCAUCACCAUCUCCGGCACAGAGGAACCGUUCGACCCCAUUGUCAUCUCAGGCCUCACCAAGCAUGGUCUGGCUGAGAGGACCGGUGCCAUCCAUGUGGGGGACCGCAUCCUGGCCAUCAACAGUGUUAGCCUCAAGGGCCGGCCGCUGAGUGAGGCCAUCCACCUCCUGCAGGUGGCUGGAGAGACUGUCACACUGAAGAUCAAGAAGCAGCUAGACCGUCCUCUCCUACCACCCAAGUCGGGCAGCCUCAGUGAGGCCAGUGAUGCAGAUGACGACCCACCGGAGGCCCUCAAAGGAGGCCUUCUGUCAGCUCGGUUCUCGCCUGCUGUGCCCAGUUUGGACAGUGCUGUGGAGUCCUGGGAUAGCUCAGCCAUAGAGAGUGGCUUUGGGGGCCCAGGUUCCUACACUCCCCAGGUGACAGCCCGGAGCAUAACCCCCCAGGAGUGGCGGCCCAGCCGGCUAAGGAGCAGCCCCCCACCCACUGAGCCCCGAAGGACGAGCUAUACCCCAGUUCCUGCUGAUGAGAGCUUCCCAGAGGAGGAGGAAGAGGAAGAUUGGGAACCACCAGCGAGCCCAGCCCCUGGCCCUGCCCGAGAGGAGGGCUUCUGGCGUGUGUUCGGUGAAGCCCUUGAAGACCUGGAGUCAUGUGGUCAGUCAGAGCUGCUGAGGGAACUGGAGGCCUCCAUCAUGACGGGCACUGUGCAGAGUGUGACUCUUGAGGGCAGGCCCGGCCGGCAGCCCCGGCGCAGGGGCCAGGAGAUACGAGCUUCCCCGGAAGAGAUGCAGGAGCUGCUGCUGCCGACACCCUUGGAGAUGCACAAGGUGACCCUGCACAGGGACCCCAUGCGGAAUGACUUUGGUUUCAGCGUAUCAGACGGCCUCCUGGAGAAGGGCGUCUAUGUGCACACUGUGCGCCCUGAUGGGCCAGCCCAACGUGGGGGCCUCCGGCCCUUCGACAGGGUCCUUCAGGUCAACCGCAUUUGCACACGGGACUUCGACUGCUGUCUGGCAGUGCCACUCCUGGCUGAGGCGGGCAACGUCCUGGAGCUGGUCAUCAGCCGUAACCCACUGGCACAGGGCAGCCGAGCCCCCCGAGCGCCAGGUCCCAGCAGCCCCCGGAUGCUCUGA